AACUUUAAUUAAUGAAAUUAAUAUAAAUAUCGUAAAUAAUUUCAUAAACGAGUGUUGAUUAUUUCCAACAACAUACAUUGUAGUGAUCCCAUUUUUUGGAACGAAAUACUGCCGCUAUGUUACUACUUGUCAAAGUUAAUCUUUACAAUUCUCCCUUCGUCUUAUUUGAAGUAUUUAAAGAAGACCUAAUAUUUUAUGAUGUAGAAGUAUUAAAAAUGAUUGGAUUAAGAACUAAUUCAGCUAUAAUCGAAUUGGAUGAUGACACGAAAUCAGAAAGGAUAAAGUCAACCAAAAAAUGUUUGAAACUUCGUGCAAAUGGACUUUUCUUACAACCCUUCGUAAAGGAGUGUAUAAACUCAGAAAUCUACAGAUGUUGUGUGAUUAAUCGUUUAAAACAAUGUGAAAUGAAUUUGAAUACCAGAGUAUUCCUCAAACUCAUACUUGAGCCUCCGGAUAAAGAAAUACUUGAUUAUGCAUGGAAUAUGAGAAUGCUACAGUUGGUAUGGAUGAAAGUUGAGAUAGACAAAGCAUUUUCUUGGUUGUCUACACUUGGAGGCGCAUAUUCAGCUUUGGGAGACUAUUUCGAAAAUUGUGCUGAAGAAGCUGGAAGGAUAUCAAUCACACAAUACAAGCUGUCAAAAAUGUUGGGAGAUGAAAGUUUGGCAGCAAGAAGCAGAUUGUACUCCGCCCUAGCGUUUUCCCAGAAGGGAAAACUGAAAAUAUCAAGACAUAUAGUGAGAGAAGUAGCUCAGUUUGCCAGAGCUACAAAAGACAAUAGACUGAAUAGAAUGUGUCAGGGUGUUUGGGCUAAGUUAAAGUAUUUGAGGCAAUUGCAAAAAGGGAAGAAUAACAUUAGAUAAUUCCUUGUAUGAGUAUUCAGUAACAUCUAACUAUCCUGCUAAGAGUGAUUCACAAUCUUCCUUUUUUACAAGGUUAAUGUUGUAAAAUAAUGAUUAUUAUUAGAGAUGUGUCGACUAGUCGCCGAAUAGUCGCUAAAGCCGACUAUCCGGCCACUUUCACCAACCCAUCAACUCCCAAGAGUUCGAAUCUGCGAUUGAGGGAACAUAGUCGG